UGAUUCAUUAUCUCAUAAAAUUUGCUUAUGAGUUUAAGGGGUUGGUCAAUAAGCCAAUUUUUAUUCAUAUAUUAUUUCUUACUGAAAAAGUUAUUUCUCCCAAAACAGACAAUCUGACUGAACUCUGUUCAACUUUUCAUUGGGAAGCUGCAAAAUGUCAUCUGCUUUUGCUGUCAUUUUUCCCAUCUAAUUUCAAUAAUUUUUAUAAAAUUUAGUGAAUUUUCAUAUAUGUGUGCUGUGCCAAAAAUGUUAGAAAUCAGUUUAACCAGGUGGUAGACAUUGCAUUCUUCAAGUCUUACAUGCCAAAUUACUGCAUCCCCCUGAACUGAAUUUCAACUUUACACAGUAUCUGUAUUUUUAUUUUAUUUUUGCUGCCAUGAAAAUCCCUUCAAAGAAACCUCAUUUCUUCAAACCCAUUCAGCCAGGAUUCAAGAAUGGUCUUAAAAUUCCUAUAGGUUUCUUCAAGUAUCUGAAGGGACAUGAUCAGCAUGGACAUGCAAUACUAAGAAGGGCUGGUAAAAAGUGGCCAGUGAAAGUGAAUGGCCAUCGACUGGAAGAGGGUAAUUGGAAAGAGUUUGUAGAGGAGUAUGAUUUGCAAUUGGGAGAUAUAUUGGUGUUCAGACAUGAAGGAAACAUGGAAUUUGAUGUUUCCAUCUUUGAUUCAACUCAUUGUGACAGAGAAUAUGCAAGGUGUAUGCAAAUGGAAGAAAAAGAAGACCAUACUGUUCAAGAGACUUCCAAGAAAUUUGAAUUCAAAGAAGCAAUAACAGAUCUUAGGCUUAAGACCUCAGACGUAACUACUCCAAAAUCACAAAUAGCUGCUUCAACGUCUGCUGAUGCCAACCCUCAUUUUAUAUCUACUAUCAAACCAUACACCAUCAAAAAUCCUGUUUUGUAUCUUCCAAUGGAUUUUGUAAAAUCAAGUGGCCUGAUGAAUAAAAGUGAGAUGAUUCUUGUCGAUGAAAAGCAGAGAUCAUGGUCAAUGUGGUUAGGGCGAACAGAACGUCACUUUGGAAUUAAAAGGGGAUGGCGACAGUUCAGUAAAGCAAAUGGCGUUCAAGUGGGAGAUACUUACAAGUUUGAACUCACCAUCAAUGGCACAAUACCCGUAGCGCAUUUCCAUUAUCUUAGGCUUAAGACCUCGAACGUGACUACUCCGAAAUCACAAGUAGCUGCUUCAACAUCUGCUGAUGCCAACCCUCAUUUUAUAUCUACUGUCAAACCUUACAGCAUGACAAAAACUGAUUUGUAUCUUCCAAUGGAUUUUGUAAAAUCAAAUGGCUUGAUGAAUAGAAGUGAGAUGAUUCUUGUUGAUGAAAAGCAGAGAUCAUGGUCAGUGCGGCUAGGGCGAACGGAACGUCACUUUGGAAUUAAAAGGGGAUGGCGACAGUUCAUAAAAGCAAAUGGUGUUCAAGUAGGAGAUACUUACAAGUUUGAACUCACCAACAAUGGCACAAUACCUAUAGUGCAUUUCCAUUAUCUUAGGCUUAAGACCUCGAACGUGACUACUCCGAAUUCACAAGUAGCUGCUUCAACCUCUGCAGAUGCCAAUCCUCAUUUGAGUCAUUGUAACACAGAAUAUGCGGAGUAUCUUCAAGAGGAAGAGGAAGAUGAAGAAGUAGAGGAAGAUGAGUUUGACAUGGAGGACGAAUACGAGGAGGAGGAAGACAAAGAGAAAGGUGAAGAAGCAGCUACUCAUAACAAGCCUUUUGGUCAAUCUCAUUUUGAAUGCACUAUUAGACCAUAUUGCCUUUCGAAAAGUUUCUUGUGCCUUCCUAAACCUUUUGUGUUUGCAAACGGUCUCACCAACAUUAAGUGCGGUUUGGUUAUAAGAGAUGAAAGGCAAAGAUCCUGGAAUUUAAGGAUAAUUUCUAGUAAAUCUCAAGUCCUUAUUGGAGACGGAUGGCGUAAAUUCAUUGCUGAUAAUCAUUUAAAGGAGGGAGAUCGUAUUAAGUUUGAGGUUGUUACUGAUGGAGAGACACCAAUAUGGAAAUUUCAAGUUGUUACUGAUGCAAAAACUCCAUUGCAGAAGUUUCAAGGUCAAUCUCAUUUUGAAUGCACUAUUGGGCGAUAUUGCCUUUCGAGAAAUUAUUUGUUUCUGCCUCAACAAUUUGCAAUUGCAAAUGGUCUCAUCAACAAGAAUUGCUGGUUGAUUGUAAGAGAUAAAAGAAAAAGGUCGUGGAAAUUAAAGCUAAGUCAUUCCAACAAGCCUCGACCUCGAGCCUACAUUGGAGGUGGAUGGUGUAAAUUCAUCGCUGAAAAUUGUUUAAAGGAGGGAGGCCGUAUUAUGUUUGAGGUUGUCACUAAUGGAGAGACACCAAUAUGGAAAUUUCAUGUUGUUACUAAUGGAGAAACUCCAAUGAAGAAGUUUCAAGAAAAACCGAGCCCCAGCAUCAAGUUGUCAGAUGAGACUUCUUCCCAUGCAGAAGCUGCUACUAACGAGCCUUGUGUUCAAUCUUAUUUUGAAUGCACUAUUAGACAAUAUUGUCUUUCAAGAGGUCUCUUGUAUCUUCCUCAACAGUUUGCAUUUGCGAACGGUCUCAUCGACAAGAACUGCGAUUUGAUUAUAAGAGAUGAAAGACAAAGGUCGUGGAAUCUAAAGCUCCGUUAUUGGGAACCUUUAGUCUAUAUAACAGAUGAAUGGCGUAAGUUCAUUGCUGAUAAUUGCUUAAAGGAGGGAGAUCGUAUUAAGUUUGAGGUUGUUACUAAUGGAGAGACGCCAAUAUGGAAAUUUCAAGUUGUUAGUGAAGCAGAAACUCCAUUGCAGAAGUUUCAAGACAUUAUGAAAAAGCCCUCAAACGUGAGUCCUCUCGAUGCACAAGGAUCUACUUCAACUUCCGUUGAUGAUGAUCAUCCUUUUUUUAUUUCUACCAUUAAACCUUAUUGCAUCAGCAAGACAGAAUUUUGUCUUCCAACGGAUUUUGUAAAGUCAAAUGGAUUGAUAAAUAGAAAGUGUGAGAUGAUUCUUCAAGAUGAAGCACAGAGAUGCUGGUCAGUGUGGCUAGGGAGAAUUGGAAACCGUUUUGGAAUUACACGUGGAUGGACAGUAUUCAGAGCAGCAAAUGGACUCCAAAUAGGAGAUGCUUACAAGUUUGAACUCAUCAAGAAUGGGGAAGUACCUAUUGCACACUUCCACUGCAGAUAUUCUAAAAAGGUUGCAAAGAGAAAGAAACGGUGAAGCAACUUGACUUUUCUUUUUCUAAUUUGGUUUAUCCAAUAUACGAUGUACAACCUCAAAAACUAUGUAUGGUGUUGGUAUAUACUAUGUUUGAUAUUGGUAAGUUGAUGUAAAUAUCGGGUACUGGUAAGUAUUUACAUAUGAUGUUUUAUGAGAUAAAAUUAGGCUAAGAAUAAUUUUGUAGAGAGAUUUUUUGAAAAGGGAUGGAAAUAAUGGGCAACUGCCUAGAAUUCAGCUUAAAA